GUUAUUGCAGAUGGUGGGUUUUAGGAGAAAGAUAGUUGCAUUGAAAGAUAACUACAUGUGUCUUAUCCAAGCCAAUAAAGAGACAACUACCAGCUGUGGUAUAUUUUUGAAACAGCUUCUAUGAUUUUUAAUUCUGUCAACUGAAAUAAUUACACACCCCACGUUGCUCAUAUGCAAAUUUAAGCCAUGCCGAAAGUGUUGGUAUUCGGCACCGGCAGUCUUGGGACUUGCUAUGCCUGGGCUUUAGCAAACGCGGUUGGACAGGACAAUGUCACCGCGAUAUGCCGGUCCAACUACGAGUUCGCUUCCCGGAACGGCUUCACGAUCCACUCGAACCUGUGGGGCGAUAACCUCCAUUUCCAACCCCGCAUCGCGAGGUCCGUUGCCGAAGCCGUGCAACAGUUGGCUUCGGAUGCGCAACCCUUCUUCGACUUCGUGGUUGUCGCUGCUAAGGCCGUGCCUACUGACCCUUCGAUAGCGGAACUAAUCGGCCCCGCGAUCGCGAAGGGCAAGACGGCUAUUGUGUUGUUGCAGAAUGGUAUUGGCAUCGAGGACGAGUAUGCGCAACUCUACCCGGAGAGCCCGCUGCUGAGCACCGUCGCGUACUUCCCGGCUACCCAGGUCUCGCCCGGCGUUGUGCAUCAUAGGGAAGUCGAGACGCUGCACGUGGGCACGUAUCCGGCUACUGCUCCUGCGAGACAUAAGGAGGUAGCGCUGGAGUUCGUAGAGCUCCUUGGGAAAGGGGGCGCUACGGCUAAGUUACACGACGAUAUCCAGCGCAAGCGCUGGGGCAAGUUGCUUGUUAAUAGCUCCUGGAAUCCCGUAUGCGCGCUCACUCGGCUGAGGGACCGGGAGUUCAUCGAAGCGAGCUUGAGUUUAGACUUGGGCGCAGAAGAUAAAUGGGGUGACGGCGUGCGCUUUAUAAAAGACGUCAUGUUGGAGAUUGCGGCUGUAGCACAGGCCUACGGGUACAGCGACGUGGAUGAAGGGAUGGUGGAUUUUCAGAUCGGACGCGCUGUCGUACGCGACCUGCCUGGAGUACAGCCGUCUAUGCUGGGAGAUGCGUUUGAUAGCAAGACCAUGGAGGUUGAUGCUAUUGUGGGUAAUGUGGUGAGACUUGCGAGGAAGAAGGGGCUGGCUGUGCCGAUGCUAAGAACGAUUUAUAUCCUGGCUAAUGGGCUAAGUGAGAGUUUUGCUCGGAAGAAACUGCAGUCUUAGAGGAUAGAGGACGGUGAGAGGGAUAUGUUGUCCUCUACGUCUCUACCUCCUUAGGAAGGGCUUGAAAUACCCUUUAGAGAAAUACUGGCUCAUCCUAGAUAGAUCCCUAGACAGAUAUUUAGAAUCUA